AUGUGUAGCGCGUGGGAUCUCAGUUUGCUGCUGAGGUUGCUGGCUCAGGCUGAGGAGCAAACGAGGCAGCUGGAAGCUAAUCUGGGAGAUGCUUCCGCUGCCGAUCAUUGCAGAUCAUUGGUGCAACAGAUAAGUUCUGCUUUGAAGGAAGCCGUUUCCAUGGCUAGACUGAUGGACUCCGAAGGGCCGCAGCAGCCGGCAUGGCACGGUAACGCAGCAGUAGACUUGCCUCGAUGGAGCAGCGAAGGCCUGUGGAGCGAGAACUCGGAGACGGUCCUCAAAGAACAAGAACGCAGGGAGAUGUGCAAGAAGAGGAAAACUCUACCCAAAUGGACGAUCCAAGUUCAGGUCUCCGGCAGCCAAGCGGGCGGAGUACCAGAAGACGGCUAUAGCUGGAGGAAAUACGGCCAGAAGGAGAUCCUUGGAACCAGGCAUCGAAGAGGCUACUACAGAUGCACUCGCAGCAACAGCGUCGGAUGUCUUGCAUCGAAGCAAGUGCAGAGAUCCGAUCGAGACCCCUGCGUCUUCCACGUUAAUUACCGAGGGGAACACACUUGCCUGGACAACCUGCAAGCGCGUCUCCAUAAUGAAGCUCCAACGAUACUUGAAGCACGGCAUCAUCUCCAAGACCAGCAGUUGCCUCUGUGUCCUAAAACAAGUUUCAUGGAGAUGCAAGAUCACAACCUAGUUUCUUCCUUCUCUUUUCCUUCCACACCACUCAGUAGCUUUGAGCCUAAGAACCAGAUCUUCUCGUACACAAACCCCAUGGAGAAUGACCAUUCAAGCAGCUUCUCUUCCCCAUUCAUGUCGCCACCUACCUCAGAAUCGAACUACUUCGCAGUGUCUCCAUGCCAGACGAGCAGCUAUGGAGGGGGAACUGCUGAUGCAGCUUUCAAGCCCCCUCAUGUGGAGUUUGAUCCAAUUUUCUCCAUUGAUACUUCGAAAUUCUUCUGA